CAUGCCACUGACCGGUCAGGGGGUUUCGGCGCUGCUCGGCGUUUUCAUCGAAGGACAUCGCGUUGUGUUUCAGCGUCUGGAUAUGAAGGGGACGAGACGAGGAGAGUAGACUGGCUGGCUCUUUUCCUAGGAGUUAUUGAUCAUUAUUGGUUGCGAAUGAAUUGUGAAGCAGGAUUGCAGGCAGCUACGGAGACUGCACACGAUCGCGGACGAGGAAAAUGGAAGGGUCCCCGGAAUACUCUCUGUUUCUGGUGCGGAUACUGGAAGAACUGGACGCGAACCGCGGCACGGUCUCCUACCAGGACCUCUGCAAACUGCUGUGUGCCCGCUUCGAUUUAACUCACCUGGCGAAGCUGAGGAGCCUCCUGUUUUACACCGCUUGCCUGGACCCCAAUUUCCCAGCCACUCUCUUCAAGGAGAAACUGCGCUGCAGUGUGGACAACACACAGUCCAAGAAGAUCAUGAUCGCCGCCGACAUCGUGACCAUGUUUAACCUGAUUCAGAUGAACGGCGGGGUGGCGAAGGAGAGGCUCCCUCACCGGCACCAGCAGAAGGUGAGGAAGAACGAAUCCUUUGAGUCGUGUCGAUCAGACACCGAGAUCAGUCGGAUCCGCUCUCCCGGCUAUGCUUGCAACCACGACCCGGCUAGCAGAGAACACGCCGCUUCCAGGCGUCCCAGCAGCUCCCCGGCGUCCGACUGCAAAGAUUGCCAACGCUUCAUCUGCACUUCCGACCCCAAUUUUUUCCUCGGGGUGAGGAAUGAGGCAACACUGGAAAAUAACGGCAGGACCACGUCCUUGGACAGAUUGCAGGCUUCUCCGACUUUUAAUGGGAUCGACCCCUCAGACUGCGUUAUGCAGUCCACAUAUUUCCCCAUGGAUCCGGGUCAGGAGUCUAACUCUGACCAAGACUCCCCCAGCAGGAAGGCCGACAGGAAUGGGACUUUUGAUUCCAGCGACGAAGCAUUCGCCAUCAGCCCGUGUGCCGAGGCCACGUCAGUAUUCAACAGCGAGCUUCAGGACAUGCUUCCUUGUGUCAGCAAGUUGGUCUCGAUGGACAAAGAGUCGGAAGACGAGGACCAGGAUCCGCACAUCCCAAACACCUCGUCGAGGUUCUCAACUUUUUUCAGCAACAGUUUUGAGGUGCCAUACAGUAAUCCGUACUGUGACACCAUCCCUACCAGUAAUCACGAGAAAAGAUACGUCAAGCAUGAGAGUUUGGACGACCUACAGGGGAGCACUUACUUUGGCCCAAGCACCAUAUCUCAGGAGCCCCAGAACCUGUCCAAACAGAGCAAGCCGGCUUCCUGGCUCCUGAAGAGCUGGAGCCUCAACACCGAGCAGGCAGAGGACGGGCAGAAAUAUUUUGGUAGCGGGAAGCGCCCUGGCAUGGGUCACCAGUACCAGGCCAGUACCAAGGAGGAACUGAUGGCCGAGGCGCGCCAGCGGCAGGCGGCCGCCGCGGCCGAAGCCAUCAGCACCAUGGACAGGGCUCAGACCUACUUCCAGCAGGCGGACGAUAGCGUCCAUUUCCCGCCGGCGGCCGCCGAGCCCGCCGGCUCCUCCAACCCUAGGAAGCUGAAGGAGAAGGGUUGCAAGACACCGAGCUUGGAGCAAACGGCUAGUGUGGGCACUCAGACGGAGCAAGUUAGCCGGGCCAGGGGGCAGGCGAUCGGACGCUGUGCCCGUCCUAAGCCCGGGGAGAAGGCGGGUGUCCGGCAGUCGGACGAGGACUCGGAGGCUCUGAGCGACGACAUCAGCGAUAUUUUCAGAUUUCUGGAUGACAUGAGUGUCAGCGGCUCGACGGGUCUCCUACAGUCUUGUUACAACAGCAACGGAUCUCUGUCCCGUCUCCCCAAGACAGACGGGGGUAGUCCCGAGAAGACUCCGGCCAAGGGAGGAGGUCCACAAAGUGACACCGUCCAGGGGCAUCGUCCGUGCCAGUCAGCUGAUGAGGAGCUCAAGACCAGCGUGUGCAAGCUGGUGCUAAGGGUAGGCGAGAUCGAGAAGAAGCUGGAGACCCUUUCCGGGGUUCGGGACGAGAUUUCCCAGGUCCUGGCCAAACUCAACCACCUGGACCAGAAGAUUCAGGAACCGGCGGCAGAGAAAGUAUCUCCGGACAGCAACACCGACAGCCUCCGCGUCAAAGCCCUAAGAAAAAACUUGUUUGUACGGAGAUCUUCCAAGUCCCUGACAGAAGAAAACAGCGCGACGGAGUCCAAAAUCGCCAGCAUUUCCAACUCGCCCCGAGACUGUCGGGCGAUGGGCUGCGGAGGCGAGACGGGCCAGAGCAAGCGCCAAGGCACGGCAGACAGUAAGGACUGGCAACGUAAACACAGAGAGGCAGAUCGGCGCUGUGUCACCUCACAAUCGCAUCGGCCAUCAAAGCCCGGGAAAGAUUCCCUUUUAAUUGAACAAGUCUUCAGCCCUCAUGUGUAUCCCAAUUCCAUGAAAUCCCACAUGAAGAACAAUCCGCUGUACACAGAUCUCCGGCUGACCGAGGUCCUGGAGCAGAAGCAGCCUCAGCCAUCGUGGGCUAUUGAGGAGUACAAUAGGAACACCAGUGAAAAGAAUCAAGAAUCUUUGAAUCCUAAUAAUUUAGAAUACUGGAUGGAGGAUAUUUACACUCCGGGAUAUGACUCCUUGCUGAAACGGAAAGAGGCAGAAUUCAGGAGGGCUAGGAUUUGUAAGAUCGCUGCCUUAAUUGCAGCAGCUGUCUGCACUGUGGUUUUGGUCAUUGUCGUCCCAAUUUGCACUAUGAAAUCCUAAUGCUUUUAUAAUACAUGUAUCAAAGAGUCUGAAUAAAUGUCAAAAGUCUCAGAUCAGUAUGUGCAUUUGGGACUGAUAUUGUUCACUGUUUUAUCCUUCUGCGUGCUCUAUAAAUGGGUUCACAGGAUCAGACUCUAAGGUUUUAACUUCACCACAGUGAGCAACAAGUCAAAAUGUUUGCAUAAUCUUCCUCUGUGCAGUGUUUUACUUCAAUUACUGAAAAAGAAUCUCAACGGGUGACUCCAUCAAACAAUAUGUGCGACACUGUGCUGGAAGGAGUUACCCAGUCUGCAGGUUGAGUGUCAAAAUGUCUAUGCGAUGUUAAAAUGAAGACACUGAAAGUGAAUUAGGUUCCUGGAAAAACAGCAAUGCAGUGAUAACUGCUGCAAAGAGCAAUGCCUGAGGCCAGUUAUGUUUUGACACCAGAAUUUGAAGCAGAAUACAAAUGGCUGACUUUGCUUGUUCGGGAAAUACCAGGAAUUGAAGCAGAGCCCCACGAACCUCAGUGUGGACCAAAUACCAACCUCCACAGGCUCAUCCUGGAGGGAAACAAAGCACCGUCAGUCUGCAGCUCACUUUGGACGAUGAUGAGGCACGAAGCUGGUGUUUACUUGGUUCCCAGGACUGUGCAUCAAUCACAGGCACACCUAUGCUAUAAUAAAUAGAGUUAGGUUUCACGGGGCCAGUUCAAGCACAGCGGUGAACAGUGGAUCUGUCACACGCAGAGAAAUAAAUGCAGCAAUAAAGCCAUUAAAUUGUGUUUCUGCUUGCCUGGCCAGUAAACUCCUCUGGCUGCCAAGGAGCAAAAUUAUUUGUUAUAGACUCCUAAAAUUCAGCACCCUGAACUUGCCAAGGUAGAAUUUCUGUAGGCAGGGGGUGGUGAAUCUGUGGAAUUCAUUGUCACAGACAGCUGUGGAGGCCGAGUCCUUGGUGAUGCCUAAACCUGAGGUUGACAGGCUCUUGGUUAGUAAGGGUGUCAAAGGUUAUCGGGAGAAAGCGAUAGAGUGAGUGGAGAGGGAAAAUAAUCAGCCGUGAUCAAAUGGCGGAGCAGACUCGCUAGGCCAAAUGGCCUAAUUCUGCUCCUAUGUCUUAUGCUCUUAUGGAUUUGUUACCUGUUUUUUUUUCACACUGUAAUGGUAUUUGAGAUAACUAAGAGUGUAAACUGAUAACUGGCUGGCUGAGAAACAAACCUGAGACCUGGUGGGUCCAAGGUUCUCUCAGUUUUCCACUGAAACUUAAGCGAUGGUGAAGUGAAAAUAGCAAGGAAUAAAAACCAAUAAAUUAAGGACAAUAGAUACCAACAAACACAUGGAGAAAAAGGCCAAACUAAGAGAAUUAGUGGGGAAAGGAAAGUACAUUAAGAAAUGUCACAGGCUGAAGUCAGAGGGUUUAUUGCUUGGCCUGCAGUUCCGUGCCUGCCCAUGUGCGUAUGGUUUUGAUGCAGUGAACCAAACAAUCUGGCGUCCACACCCGAGGAUGGGGUCUCUUUGGCAAACCUACUCUCCCUCUUACCCUCCCGGAGGACCCAAGAGCCUCAGGCAGGAUGCUGGAACAAAUACUCAUCUCCUGCAAACAUAUAAGGGUCUUUGUAACAGUUUUUAAGUCAAUUAAUAGAAAUGUUUAAAAAAAUUAUAUGGCUUAGAGGGAUAUGGGCCAAAACGUGGACAAUUGAGAGCAGCUUAAGUGAGCGUCUUGGUCGACAUGGAUGAGUUGGGCUGAAGAACUUGGUUCCUUACUGUACGACGUUACGACUCAAAACUUGCUGUAAGUAAUUUUUAAAUAGAAUAUAUUAAAACCCUAAUAAAUAGCUUAAAGAACAAGCAUGUCAAAAUAAAUAGAUUGGGGAUCCUGAUUUAAGCUGGUUAGUGUCUCCACUCCCACACCAGGUCCAUCGAUGUUUGGCAGUCUCGGCAGCGUCAGGUUCUAUCUUCAGCUGAAGUUAGGUCCAAGGUGACUGGAGCAGAGUUUGAAGAGCUGCUGCCUUGCGACCUCAGCAAAUCGGGUUCAAUCCUGACCUUGGGCAAUGCCUGUAUGGAGUUUGCACAUUCUCCCUACAACUGUGUGGGUUUUAUCUCAAGGGCGUGCAGAUUAGGGAUUGAGUUGUCCACUGUAAGAUACCUCCAGUGUGUUGGGGACCAGCAAAAUCUGCAGUACGUUGAUUAGUGUUCGAUUAGUGUAAACUGGUGGUUUAUGGUCAUCACAGAUACAGUUGGCUGAAUGGCCUGUGUAUCUGCCUAACUUCUCUAUGACCCACUUGACCCUAUGACCCUACGUCCCUGGCUGGGUGGAGCAGCCAGAGGGAAACUGGCCAGGUAGCUGUAACUGAAUAUAUCCGCUCUUCCUGCCAUUAAAGGUAAAAACAGAAGCAUAGUCUGAUGGGUAUUGUAACUUGCCUACAUGUUGCCCAUGCCAGCACUCAAACUUGCACUGACAGAUCCAGACAAUAACUGCCAUUUGUUUGUAAAAUUGUAGUGGAGGGUGUUAGAACUUCUAGAAGCUGCUACAGUAUAAAAGCAAAAGGACCAUGGAAACAUGGAACCCAGGGAACAGAAACAUAUCUGAAGAGAAGAAAUGUCCAUUUGGUUAGCCAUGCUGGUGAUGAUAAUAGGGAAGCUGACCAAAGCUGGGAAUCUCCCUUUACUCACCAGUCUGCAACUCAACUGGACUUGACAGGAGAAAUUUGGUAACCUUUUGACCCAAGAAUUAAAGUCAUUCUUUACCAUCUGGACAUCCCACCUUAAACAUGUCAGCGCAGUCUGAUCUCGUUUAUGACUAGAUCAACGUGACGUGGAGAAGGAGACCUCACGUUGUCAGUGCAGGGCUUGUGAAUUUGCCCCUUUAAUAUGUGCAAAUAUGGAAUACAUGCAUUUCACCAUAAUUAUCGAUCAUUAGCUGUGAACUAUAAAGUGUGUUCAGUCCUGCAAUCCCACGUGAAAACUGUGAACUAUUACAACUGAAAUGAAUAAUUUUGUAUAUAAUCAGAAAAUAAACAGAAAUGAAUGUA